GUUCUCCAUCACUAAUUGUCGUCGUCAGUGCAAUUUGUGUGACACCUUGGUGAAAAUUUUAUUCUGAUUUAAUUUACAAAAUAACUGCAAUAAAUUAUGUAAAAUUGCCUUAAAAUAGAUGCUGCAGCUGAAGAACAAGUUAUAGCAGUGAAUAUUUUACAGGGUGUAUAGCUAAAGCUGCUGCAAAAUAUUCAUCAUUAGUUGGCUUUUUGUUUUGGUUUGAAUAAGAGAAAAAGGUGCAGCAAUGUCCUCGUCGGCCAUAUAUGUGCUUGAUGUCAAAGGUAAAGUUUUGAUCUCCCGCAACUAUCGUGGCGAUACCAUAGAUAUGGCAGCUAUUGACAAGUUCAUGCCACUGCUAAUGGAACGAGAAGAGGAGGGUCUUAUAACUCCAAUAUUGCAGACGGCUGAUAACACAUUUGCGUAUAUAAAGACGAACAAUCUCUAUAUUGUUUCAACAACUCCCCGAAACAAAAAUGUUAACAUAGCAUUAGUGUUUGUUUUUCUACAUAAAAUUGCACAAGUGUUCGUGGAGUAUUUUAAAGAGUUGGAAGAGGAAUCCAUUCGCGACAAUUUUGUUAUUAUAUACGAACUACUUGAUGAGUUGAUUGAUUUCGGCUAUCCGCAGACGACGGAUUCCAAAAUUUUGCAGGAGUAUAUUACACAGGAAGGUCAUAAGCUCGAACUCCAACCCCGCCCACCUCUUGCAGUUACCAAUGCAGUUUCUUGGCGUUCUGAAGGCAUUAAAUAUCGUAAGAACGAAGUAUUUCUUGAUGUAAUUGAAUCGGUAAAUCUAUUGGCAAACGCCAAUGGAAAUGUGCUGCGCAGUGAAAUUGUUGGCGCCAUAAAAAUGCGUGUUUACUUGUCUGGCAUGCCAGAAUUACGAUUGGGAUUGAAUGAUAAAGUAUUAUUCGAGAGCACAGGACGGGGAAAAUCUAAGUCAGUAGAAUUGGAAGAUGUCAAAUUUCAUCAAUGCGUGCGUCUAUCUCGUUUCGAGAACGACCGAACCAUUUCGUUCAUACCGCCAGAUGGAGAGUUUGAACUGAUGUCCUAUCGACUUAACACUCACGUAAAGCCUUUGAUUUGGAUUGAAUCGGUCAUUGAACGACAUGUGCACUCCCGUGUUGAGUACAUGAUAAAAGCCAAGUCGCAAUUCAAGCGUCGCUCAACUGCAAACAACGUCGAAAUAGUCAUUCCCGUGCCUGCAGAUGCAGACUCUCCUAAAUUUAAAACAACAAUAGGCAGUUGCAAAUAUGCCCCCGAGCAAAAUGCUAUCAUAUGGACUAUUAAAUCAUUUCCUGGUGGAAAAGAGUACUUAAUGCGCGCACAUUUUGGUCUCCCAAGUGUUGAAAGUGAAGACAACAAUGAGGGAAAACCACCGAUUCAGGUUCGCUUCGAGAUUCCUUAUUUUACUACAUCAGGCAUACAAGUUCGUUAUUUGAAAAUCAUCGAGAAAAGCGGCUACCAAGCGCUGCCCUGGGUGAGGUACAUAACUCAAAAUGGCGACUAUCAAUUGCGCACCAAUUAAGAAAAUCAGCAAAAGAAAUGUGUACUCUGCACACCCUAAAAUUUUUACAGUUAAUGAUUAUUAUUAAAUUUUACAGAAUAUUUUUCUCAUUUUAUUUUGUCAAUGUAUUAGCUGACAAUAUUUGAGUAACAAAUUCAUUUCUUUUUACUUGGCUAUAAUCGCUAUUGAAACAAACUCUUUCAUUCCUGGUAAUAAUGACCCAUUCGCAGAUAUGAACAAGCACUUUGUUUAAAUCAUAAUUGAUUUUGCAAUUUAUUCAGUUUACCUAAUUAAAGUGGCAAUUGAUGUAUUAGAUGACAGCCGAUGUAUUUAAUGAUUUAUAUAGUUUUAUUUUUUACCCCAUAACAAGAAAACCUUCAAAGUUUUAAAAAAUACGAUGCAAAUUAUAUUGGUAUAUAUUAAUAAACAGUUACAAACA